ACGAACCAGUUUCGACAAUGGAGAGAGAAGCGAAAAUCUGCGGGGCCAGUGAGAAUGAAAAUAUCUGAUGCAUUGCUUAUUGACGAAAACAGUUUCGACAAUGGCAGAGAGAAGCGAAAAUCUGCGGGGCCAGUGAGAAUGAAAAUAUCUGAUGCAUUGCUUAUUGACGAAAACAGUUUCGACAAUGGCAGAGAAAAGCGAAAUUCUGCGGGGCCAGUGAGAAUGAAAAUAUCUGAUGCAUUGCUUAUUGACGAAACCAGUUUCGACAGUGGCAGAGAGAAGCGAAAUUCUGCGGGGCCAGUGAGAAUGAAAAUAUCUGAUGCAUUGCUUAUUGACGAAACCAGUUUCGACAAUGGCAAAGAGAAGCGAAAAUCUGCGGGGCCAGUGAGAAUGAAAAUAUCUGAUGCCUUGCGUAUUGACGAAACCAGUUUCGACAAUGGCAGAGAAAAACGGAAUUCUGCGGGGCCAGUGAGAAUGAAAAUGUCACAAUAUGGCAAUGACACAACAAACUAUAUGGAAAAGGAAAAUGGUACAAAUUUUGUGUCUUCUUACAUGUGUAACAGCAAGUAUAAAGUAUUCAAACAUGAAUGGUUUGAAGUUUCAAAAUCAUUAUAUCCCAGUGUCCCUACAGAAAAUUCUGCCUAUUAUACAAAUUGGAAAAGAAUAGUCCAGCUGUUUACAAAAGACCAUAUAUCAAGACAGUGGUUCGGAGAAACAUUUCCAGAAAUGAAAACAAGACCUGCAUUAAAAACUAUCGGUUCAACGGACAUAUUUCAAAAACUGUUUUGGCCAUUUAUCCUGAAAGUAGGGUUCAUGAAUCAAAGACUUGGACUGUUUGGAUUAACCGAAGAAACUGUUCCUGUUCAAAUACAGAAAACAAUCUUCUAUAAUGCCGUUGAGAAAUUGCAGACCAUCAAAAUUCCUGUCGCAGAAGGUAAAGUCAUCUACAGUUUUGAUAACAAUGUGGAUCUUAUUGAUGGUAUGAACCGGUCUGGCCUACUCGAAAACAGUAAAGAUUUCAUUGACGCAGGUCAUCAUUUAUUCAAUCAAGACGAACAAAAAGAAAUAACAAAAAAAGUUGACGAAGCCAUGAAGCUCAUACAGGAAACAAACCCAGAACUAUAUAUCACUAUUAAUCAAUUGGUUGCUUGCUUCGCAAUUUACAAGUCGGAAAAUAGAGCUCAUAUCGGAGGUACUGUGAGUUCUGCUCUCGGUAUUAUUUGGCUAGAUCCGAGCGCUUUGAGCAAUUGGUCCAUUCCAUUCUACGCCGAACAAAUUGUCCACGAGUUUAUACACACCUCACUGUUUUAUGCAGAACUAGUACACGGUACAUUCACAGAUCAUAGAGACCUGUCUAAAGCUAAAGUGGUGUCAUCUAUCAGACGACAACUUCGUGAUUAUGACAAGAGUUUCUAUGCAGCUUACGUCUCAGCAGGUCUUGUGGCAUUCCAUUCCAAGGCGGGUUAUUUCAACAGGGCAGAGGCGUUAGCGACACCGCUUAUAUCUUCAGUUGAAUUGGUGAAAGUAAACAAACAAACAGGGAUACUCACAGACUCUGGAGAGGCGAUGCUACAGACUUUAGUUGACUUUCUUACUGUCACGCGUUUAUAGGUCGAACUAUUUUGACUUUACUGUAAAUAUAAAUGAAUAAAAGAUGUGCAGCAAUAAAA